AUGGCUGCUGCUAAGAACGCCGCCAAGGCCGCCCUCAAGGGAAAGAACCAGCUCCGAAAGAAGAAGUGUCCACGAAAGUCUGUUAACAAGCAGCCUCGACUUGACCAGUUCUCGAUCAUCAAGCACCCCUUGACCACCGAGUCCGCCAUGAAGAAGAUCGAAGACAACAACACCCUCGUCUUCAUCGUUGACAUCCUUGCCAACAAGCCCCAGAUCAAGGCCGCUGUCAAGAAGAUGUACGACGUCGAAAUCCAGAAGGUCAACACCCUCAUCCGACCCGAUGGCGCCAAGAAGGCCUACGUCAAGCUCGCUUCUGACUGCGAUGCUCUCGACGUCGCCAACAAGAUCGGAAUCAUCUAA